AUGGCUACACAAGUGCCGAAGCCAUCGGCAAAAAGGCAACGCCGUGCCGCUGAGGCUGAAAAGCGUGCUAAUGAGGAGCUAUCCGAGAGCGGGAUGCUAAACUCCAACAUGUCGAGCGUGUUGGUGCAAUUUCGUUCAGGACAAGACGACACUUUUCUGGGUCCUACCAUUAGUCUGCCAGCGCAGGUAGGCCAGGCAGAAAUGGCGAAACUGGUGAAUGAACUUCGCAGGCAAGCACGAAGCCAGAGGGGACGAACAGAAACGGGGGCUGGAGAACAAGAUGAUGUUGACGAGGACGAAGACAUUCCUUACGCAUUUCACGUCCUGCUCCGAGAGACAGACACAUCGACGUCGGAGCCGACACGUGUUCCCAUUCAUAACAGCUUGCAUGAUGAUGUGAUGAAUUCGGCGGUUGCAAAGAAGCUCGGCAUCAGCAUGGAGGACAGCCUAACGAUUGUAUUUGAGCCACAGGCUGUGUUUCGUGUGCGCGCCGUGACGCGAUGCUCUAGCACACUAUCUGGACAUGGCUCGCCGAUUCUGUGCUGUUCAUUCAGUCCGUCAGGUCUUCUUCUGGCUACGGGGGCAGGUGAUAAGGUGUGUCGGAUUUGGGACAUGGAUACAGAAAUGCCACUUCACACGUUGGAGGGUCACGAAGGAUGGGUCCUGUGCGUGGAAUGGGAACCUCUGGAGCGCCGACUCGCUACAGGAGGAAUGGACGGCCAGGUAUGGAUAUGGGAUGCGCUGGUACCGCCGCUCCCGGGACGACGUGGUUGGGGGGCUCGGUCUGGUGAACAGGUCGAUGCCGAGCAUCAGGCACAGCAGACACAGACGGGUGCAGAGGCUCCACGAAAAAUGUCGGUCGUUGAACGACGUGCCGCACGACGGGCUGCACCGCGUGGACAAAUGCUUCGCGGUCAUACAAAGUGGGUGACAAGCCUGGCUUGGGAGCCGGUUCAUCGGAAUGCUAGUGCGCCACGGCUCGCAAGUUCGUCGAAGGAUGGGACUGUCCGUAUUUGGAAUGUGGUAUCACGACAAGUGGACUUUGUACUUGGCGGGCAUACGGCAAGUGUGAAUUGUGUUCGUUGGGGUGGCGAUGGCGCGAUUUACACUGCGUCAUCUGACCGGACCAUCAAGGUGUGGAAUGAUCAGGACGGACGACUGAUCCGUUCGCUAAAUGAGCACUCACACUGGGUGAACUCACUCGCCUUGUCGACGGAUUAUGUGCUCCGUACGGGAGCAUUUGACGUCAAGGGCGCGUAUGCCGCGCAUCUGUGCAAGCAAGACUACACAGAUUUGGAUGCAUUUACUCAAUCGAUGGCGCAGAAGCGGUAUGAGGAGAGCACCGCGAACGGAGCCCGUCCUGAAAUGGUAGUGUCUGCUUCCGACGACCACACACUAUUUGUAUGGCCACCACAGGUGCAUUCAACAGAAGCCACUAUGUCACCAAAGAAACCAUUGGCUCGCUUGACGGGUCAUCAGAAGACUGUGAAUCAUGUGUGCUUUUCGCCUGAUGGACGCUUGAUUGCAUCGGCUUCGUUUGACAAUAGUGUCAAGUUGUGGGAUGGGCGCACUGGCAAGUUCAUUGCGAAUUUGCGCGGUCAUGUCGCAAGUGUAUAUCGGGUGGCAUGGAGCAGUGAUAGCCGCAUGCUAGCCAGCGCGUCGAAGGACUCGACAAUCAAGCUGUGGAAUCUCAAGACCUUCAAGAUUAAGGUCGAUUUACCUGGUCAUGAAGACGAAGUGUACUGUGUGGACUUUCUCGCAGACAAGCUCGCUAGUGGUGGGCGUGAUCGCACACUCAAAAUAUGGCGCCACUAG